AUGAGGAGAAAUGCUGGUUCUCUUUCAGGAAGGAUGUUCAGUGACAGGAAGUGGGUUCUCCCUUUUUUUGCAAGUUUGAUUAUAUCUAUGAGUCUGGUUCUGACGGCUAUUAUUGGGGUACUUAGUUCUGAUGGUGGGGGAGAGCAGUCGCCGUUUGAAAUCAUUUCCUUCAAGAGACCAGAGAAUUCCAAUGGAUAUUUUGUGGAAUCAGAUAUAGAAAGGUCUUUUAAUGUUAGUAUGGUGAAAAGGGAGUCACCAAGGUUUGCCUACCUUAUAUCAGGCACCAAGGGUGAUAGUCAUAGGAUGAUGAGGACAUUAGAGGCAGUGUACCACCCAAGGAAUCAAUACAUCUUGCAUUUAGAUCUUGAGGCGCCACCCCGGGAAAGGUUGGAAUUGGCAAAUGCAGUGAAAGCUGAUCCAAUUUUUCGUGAGGUGGAGAAUGUGCGUGUUAUGUCUCAAUCCAAUUUGGUAACUUAUAAGGGUCCUACGAUGAUUGCCUGUACACUCCAAGCUAUUGCUAUAUUAUUGAAGGAAAGUUCAGAGUGGGACUGGUUUAUUAACCUCAGUGCUUCAGAUUAUCCUCUUAUGACACAGGAUGAUUUGCUUCAUGUUUUCUCGAAUCUGUCAAGAAAUCUCAAUUUCAUUGAGCAUACACUCAUUGCUGGUUGGAAACUGAACCAAAGAGCAAGACCCAUCAUUAUUGAUCCUGCCCUUUACUUAUCUAAGAAAUCUGAUUUAGCAUUGACUACUCAACGAAGAACCCUUCCCACAUCUUUUAAACUGUUUACUGGUUCUGCUUGGGUUGUACUGACUCGGUCCUUUGUGGAGUACUGUAUAUGGGGAUGGGAUAACUUUCCACGGACUAUGCUAAUGUACUACACAAAUUUUGUGUCCUCGCCAGAGGGAUACUUUCACACUGUCAUCUGUAACACUGAGGAAUUCCGUCACACGGCAAUAAGCCAUGAUCUUCACUACAUUGCUUGGGACACUCCUCCAAAGCAGCAUCCCAUCUCUUUAACUAUGAAGGACUUUGACAAAAUGGUUAAAAGCAACGCACUGUUUGCACGCAAAUUUGCUAAGGAUGAUCCAGUGCUAGACAAGAUUGACAAAGAACUUUUGGGGCGUACACACAGAUUUUCACCUGGGGCAUGGUGUGUUGGGACCUCAGAUGGUGGGGCUGACCCUUGUUCUGUUCGUGGUAAUGAUACAAUGUUUAGGCCAGGCCCUGGUGCUGAUAGGCUAAGUGAACUACUUCAGGUGCUGUUAUCUAAAGAAUCUCUUAGCAAGCAGUGUUUGUGA